AUGAAUAAUUUAUUUGGUUGUUCAAACGCUGCAGCAGCUGCCUCAUUUGUUGCCUUUCCCCCAACAAAUUCAACAACAACAACAAUUAUACGUUCUCAACAACAAGAUUCACAACAACAACAACAAAAUUCUUCUUCUUUAUUUACUCCAUAUUCACAUUCACAACAUUUACGUCCUGGAGGAAAUGUUGUUGUUGAAAAUAGAACGUGUAGUAGUGUUUCUUCUGGUCAACAACAACAACAGAGACAAUCAAUUAGUUCUUCUUCUACAGUUAAAAGAAGUGUUCGAUCUGGAGUGGAUUUGAUUAAAUGUUCUUUUUGUCCGAAAAAGUUGGCUGGGCAAAAUGCUCUCCAAUUACAUCUUGAAGAUUGUCGUAUGAUUCGAGUUCAUGAGUGUGAUCUUUGUGGGAAACGAUUUAAAGCUCGAGGAGGAUUACAACAACACAAUCGAAUCCACGUUAAUGAUCGGCCUUAUAUGUGCCAUUAUUGUCCAAAGCGUUUUACACAAAAGAGCCAUGUUGACCAACACGAACGUAUUCAUACUGGUUCUAAACCUUUUGCUUGUCAAUUCUGUGGCCGACAAUUUCGUCAAAGAUCUCAACAACUUGGGCAUGAAGCAACACAUUUACACAGAGGAGAUCAACGUGUUGAAAGACCACCACAACAACAACAACAACAACAUUCUGCAGACUCUAAUAAUAAUACUUUUGGUCAAAUAGUUAUGAAUGGGGCAAAUAGUUCAGCUGCAUCUGAUUUGCAUAAUUCUUUAUCUUCAGAACAGAGUUCACCACUUUCUUCAUCUUCCGACCAUUUAGCCGCAGCAGCAGCCGCCGCCGCAGCUGCCGCAGCCGCUGCAUCAUCUCUAAAUGGAGGGCAUUUACAACAACAACAUCAUCAACAGCAACAACAAUCUUCUUUAAAUUCUUCCCCUUCAACCUCAACAAUAGCUAUAGCUGCAGCAGCACAACAGCAAAUGGCUUCUUCUUUUAAUGGAUUGCUUAGAGCUGCUGUUGAAGAUGGAAAUGGUGGUGGGGGAAGAGGAGGAGGUUUUCAUCAUCACCAACAAAUGGAAAGAAAUGCAGCAGUUGAUAGUUUACUAGCAAUGUCUGCAAUGUCAAAACAUCACCAACAACAAUUUCAGCAACAACAUUUGGAUGAACAAUUGCGUAUAAUGAGUGGAGAAAGAUAA